AUGUAUUCCAUCUUUAUCGGAGCACCAGUCAAACGGUUAUCUGACAUCUUGAAAGAACUCAAAGAACACGAGGCUGACCCUUUCGUGUACGCCGCAAUUGAACACGCCUUGGAAAGAGUGAAUUCACGAAGAAAAGGACGGGUCGGCUUAAGAUACGUCAAGUCACAAGAUCUUACGCAAAGUCUUGAUACGCAACUAAGGAAAUCACUCCAUCUUAUCGCAAAGCCCUUCACAGAGCUCCUGUCCAAGCCCGACACCGCCCAAAAUAUUCUGGAAGAGCUCGAGGUUUUGCGGACUCGCUUCUAUAACUUCUACAUGUCUCUCAAUGUCGACUGGAGUUGCCCACUGGAUACCAAAAACGACCUGUUAGAGCAAAUUCGAUGGGUGGAUAUCCCCACUAUGGCCAGAGCUAUCUCCAAAAAGGCCAAAGCUUUAUUUUCCGAGUACCUUCGGUCUGCUUUUACAAGAGAGGGUGACGAGGCGCGGUCUAUCCUGAACAAGGAAUGGGACCUUCUUAGCAAAGGAGUGAAGGAGAUUGUGGCUGCGAACAUCGGUCUCUGUUCUCAGGUUGACACCCUUGCGAACUGUCUAUACCGUUUUCGCAAUUAUUAUUCCCUGACAGCUGUCAUCCAGGGUAUCCAAGCAAGUGGCUACAGGACUGUGGCCCUAGAAACUUUCGGCUACCUUCUCAAUCCAAAGGACGAUUACAGACAUUACCUAAUGGAAAUGAACAUGGAGGGCGCACUGCAUUUCCUCUUCCCUGUCCUACUUCAAUAUCAACGAGGCGAGCCAAUGUUCACAGAGAUGGCCAUUGGUGCAUUCAAAUUCUACACCUUGGACGCUUAUCAGUCAACACCUGGAAUGCAAUUCAGCCCAUUGGAUAUUGCAACAGCUGCUACGAAGGCUACCUGCUCCACGGGUUACAAGAAGCCAUCACUUGAUUGUCCUUUUGUCAGUUGCUUCUUUGUUGGCUUCGGGUCUUAG